AUGACAGAUGUCAGGUACGAAGCGAAGUACUGUACAUACUGCCACUUAUCACUCAUCGGCCACGACUUUCCUCAGCCUGACCCAACCCUCCGGGACACCCAGAAAAGGGGUCCUCGACUGGACCAGGUGAAAUCAUCCCAUCUCCCCCCAACAAAUAGGAAGCCUCAUCCAGAUCCAGUCAUGGCACGGAUCCCUUUCGGUCGAUCCCCGGAGGUUCUGGCCUGGUCUGGGCCAGCUGUCUUCCCGCCCAGCGCGCUUACGGGGGAGUGGGAGUGGGAAUGGGAAUGGGAAUGGGGAUGGGAUGAGCCACGACCUGACCUCGAGCCUGCCUGCUCCGCCCGGAUUACGCAGGCUGUGUGUGGUGAGCAAACAAAUCACAAAUGA